CGCGUGAGUGAGCACUCGGCUUUCUCUUGGUGGAAGCUCGUGGAGAAGCAGCAGCGUCGCUGUACCGACUUUCACCCGACUCCAACAUGGAGGAAUCGAGUAGUUGACGUUUUGCCUUUUUCUUUUUGAAACUUCAAAAAAACAACAAAACAAAACCGCCUCUUUUUGUUUUCGACUCGCGCUCAGCGGAACCGUUUAUAUAAAACCCGCCAUUUUUUACACAACAUCUGUGCGCGUGAAAGAAACAUGAAGUUCAUCAUCGGUAUCGGAGGGGUAACUAACGGGGGUAAAACUACCCUGACUGAACGUCUGCAUCGCAACCUGCCCAACUGCUGCGUGGUGCAUCAAGACGACUUCUUCAAGCCCCAGGAUGAGAUCGAAGUCGGGGAGGAUGGCUUUAAGCAGUAUGAUGUGAUCACAGCUUUGGACAUGGACGCCAUGAUGAGCACCAUCUACGCCUGGCAGGAGAACCCAGUGAAGUUUGAACGCUCUCACGGUGUGGAGAGCACGCUGGAUCAUGAGAUCCUGCCUCACUCCGGCGAGGACGAGGGCGUGCACAUCCUCAUCGUGGAAGGGUUUCUGCUCUACACCUACGGUCCUCUGAUUGACGUGUUCGAUCAGCGCUUGUUUAUUUCCAUCCCGUAUGAAGAAUGCAAAAAGAGAAGGUGCUCAAGGAACUACGCUGUGCCGGACCCCCCGGGUCUGUUCGAUGGUCACGUUUGGCCGAUGUACGUCAAACACAAGAAACUUAUGGAGGACAUGGGAGUGGAUGUCGAACAACUUGAUGGAACCCUGUCGAAGGCACAGCUCUUCAACACCGUGUACGGAGACAUCCUCAACAACAUCCAGAACCUAAUGAGGUCUGCUGAUCAGCACUAAGAUGCAGAAGGAGGAAUAUAAAGUCAUCACUGCCGCAGAAGUGUGUGUGGGUGUGCGAGAGAGAGUGUGUGGGUGUGGGUGUGGUCUCAGACUGGCUCUGCGUUGACUGUUACCUGCUUUAGCUCUUUUAUACAUGUAUAUCCUCCAUAUUUAUUUGCUGUAAUAACAAAGCAAACUCCUGUUAGAUGCUCUGGAGAAUUACACACUCCGUAUUAAAGAUACCACUCCUA